AAGAUCAAACACAAAGCGACGCAAAAAUAUAAAAUCCAACAAACUCAUCGAAUUUUAUGCGCAAAAAAAUAGAGAGAAAAUCUUUAUAUAUCUAUCAAUCUCUCUAAGCUUCGACUUUUCAUUAUUUAAACCCUUUUCUCAGAAUCAGAGAAACUAUAACACAUCAAGCAUAAACCACUUUUCACCGCCAAAACCCUAUUGCUUUUGAAUACACACCUACAUCCAUCGUUCUCAUUCAUCGCUCCAGCCAUGACGGACAGGAAAACCAUUGAUUUAGAUCAAGGUUGGGCCUAUAUGCAGAAGGGAAUUACAAAAUUGAAGAAAAUUCUUGAAGGAUUAUCAGAAUCUCAGUUCAGUUCAGAGGAAUACAUGAUGUUAUAUACAACCAUUUAUAACAUGUGUACUCAGAAGCCACCAAAUGACUAUUCACAAGAACUGUAUGACAGAUACAAGGGUGUUUUUGAGGACUACAUUAGAUUGACGGUUUUGUCUGCUGUAAGAGAUAAGCAUCAUGAAUUCAUGCUGAGGGAGCUUGUGCAGAGAUGGUUGAACCAUAAGAUUUUGGUUAGGUGGCUUUCACGCUUCUUUCAUUAUCUUGAUCGCUACUUUGUUGCGCGGCGCUCCCUGGAUCCACUCAAUGUAGUUGGGCUUUCUGCCUUCCGUGAUUUGGUUUACAUGGAGGUGCGAGCUAAUGCUAGUAAAGCUGUGAUAACUCUUAUUGACAAAGAACGUGAGGGCGAACAAAUUGAUAGAUCAUUGUUAAAAAAUGUUCUUGAUAUAUUUGUUGAGAUCGGUCUGGGUGAAAUGGAGCGUUAUGAACGAGAUUUUGAGGUGCAGAUGCUUGAUGAUACUGCUGAUUACUACAGAAGUAAAGCUACAAUCUGGAUUGAGUCUGACUCCUGCCCAGAUUACAUGCUAAAGGCUGAGGAUUGUUUGAGACGUGAGAGAGAAAGAGUGUCUCAGUAUUUGCAUACUUGCACUGAGCAGAAACUGGUAGAGAAAGUGCAACACGAAUUGCUGGUAAAGCGUGCUAAUCAGUUACUUGAGAAGGAGCACUCAGGCUGCCGUGCCUUGCUUAGAGAUGAUAAGGUGGAUGAUCUCUCUAGGAUGUAUAGACUUUACCAUAAAAUACCUAAAGGACUGGAUCCUGUUGCCAAUGUAUUCAAGCAGCAUAUUACAGAUGAGGGUACAACUUUGGUUCAACUGGCUGAAGAAAGUGCUAACAAUCAGAAAACUACAAGCGGUUCUGGCAUUCAGGAUCAAGUCCUUGUCAGAAAACUCAUAGAGCUCCAUGACAAGUAUAUGGCAUACGUUAAUAAUUGCUUCAUGAAUCACACUUUGUUCCACAAGGCAUUGAAGGAAGCAUUUGAGGUAUUCUGCAAUAAAACUGUUGCCGGUAGUUCCAGUGCGGAGCUAUUAUCUUCAUUCUGUGAUAAUAUCCUUAAAAAGGGUGGAAGUGAGAAGCUGAGUGAUGAAGCCAUUGAAGAAACACUUGAGAAGAUAGUCAAGCUGCUUGCAUAUAUCAGUGACAAGGAUCUCUUUGCAGAAUUUUACAGGAAGAAGCUUGCCCGAAGAUUACUUUUUGACAGAAGUGCCAAUGAUGAACAUGAGAAGUGUAUUUUGACAAAGUUAAAGCAGCAAUGUGGUGGCCAGUUCACAUCAAAGAUGGAGGGAAUGGUGGUAGACUUGACAUUGGCUAGGGACCAUCAGAUGAAAUUUCAGGAAUACCUUAGUGAGAAUUCACAUAUAAAUCCUGGAAUUGACUUGACAGUUACUGUUCUUACCACAGGAUUUUGGCCGAGUUAUAAAUCUUUUGAUCUCAACCUCCCUUCAGAAAUGGUGAAGUGUGUGGAAGUUUUUAAGGGCUUUUAUGAAACAAGGACAAAACAUAGAAAACUUUCAUGGAUUUACUCACUGGGAACUUGCAACAUCAUUGGUAGGUUUGAACCAAAAACCAUUGAGUUAAUUGUCUCAACCUAUCAGGCUGCUGCCUUGCUACUGUUCAACACUGCGGAUAAGUUGAGUUAUUCAGAGAUUAUGACUCAGCUGAAUUUGACUCACGAUGACGUAGUGAGAUUACUUCAUUCUCUGGCAUGCGCAAAAUAUAAGAUACUUGUUAAGGAGCCCAACACUAAAACAAUAUCCCCAAAUGACAGCUUUGAGUUCAAUUCCAAAUUUACUGAUAAAAUGAGAAGGAUAAAGAUCCCUCUGCCACCUGUUGAUGAAAGGAAGAAGGUUAUUGAAGAUGUUGACAAAGACAGGCGAUAUGCUAUUGAUGCUUCAAUUGUGCGUAUUAUGAAGAGUAGAAAAGUUUUGGGCCAUCAACAAUUAGUUUCGGAGUGCGUUGAGCAGUUGGGCCGCAUGUUCAAGCCUGAUAUCAAAGCAAUCAAGAAGCGGAUUGAAGAUCUCAUCACUCGGGACUACUUGGAGAGGGACAAAGAUAACCCAAACACCUUCAAGUAUCUGGCGUAGGGCAAGGUUCUGAUGUACAGAGUGGUGCAAGUUGAGAAAGCUACUUAGACUGAAAUGAUCUAAAUUUGAUUCUGAAGUACGGGUGAAAAUGGUUAUUCAAUUCUGUAAAUGGCUGUAGUCGGUAUAUUAAAAUCAUUGAUUGGAGAAUCUCAGUACUGAGUAGCAAUUUUUUUUUGCAUACAUGAAGAGUUAGCCAUAGUUACCAUUUUAUUUGUGUCCAUAUAUUUAUUAUAGAACGAGGCAAGAUAAUGGGAUAGAAUAUUGGUGUUUCUGAACCUGGUACUUAGAAAGUAACUGAAUGAGUACUAGUUUGAUUUUCAUGGCAUCAAAUAAACUCGUUAUCAUAUUCUACAUUUUAAAUAA